UACUUCAUCAUGUGGCUGUCUCCUUGUUCGCAGGGAAUUGCCAAUGUCCGAGCCUUGAGUUGACGCUGAGCCCGGCGACAAUCACCGAGGUCUCUCAUAUCUUCUACCACGGGUUCGCUUUCGUCCCGGUGCCCACCUCGGCCGCCGCAACAUUGCACCUGGCGCUGGGCUCGCAGGUGAUUCCGGGAACACCUCCACGUGUCGCCUUCAUCAAUGGGGCGGGCACCUGUCACGUUGUCCGUCCAGAAUGAGGACUGACAGUAUAGAAUUGUAUGCGUGUCCUACGUGUGUCCUACCUGGGUCAGUUCACCUCCGAGGCAGGGAUUGAACUGCAGUCAGAUGAAACGUAAAGGUGGGUGGCCAAAGGGAAAGAAGAGGCAACCUCAGAGAGAGUUAACUGCCCCAGAGUUCCAACAACAGGGACAGACGGGGAUCUUCAGCCAGUGAUGUAGACGAGGAUGAUGAUGAAGUUACACAGGGAAGGCUGUGUGGGGAGGAAGAGCAUCGCCUGAUUCUCCUCCACUUCCUCAUCCACUCUGAGUCGUGCCCUCUGAUUGUGUGGCAGGAGCACAAUGUCAUCGACCACACCCACCUCAGCCCCGCCUUCCAAGAAGACGCGUGGGAAGGAGAGGACGGAGGUCAUGGGUGACUUGCCGCAGACGGCCAAUGAGGAGCUGAGGAGCAAGCUGAUGGAUUUCCAGAUAGAACUGCAGCAGGAGAAGGGCAAGGUCUCUAAGCUGAGAGAGCGUCUCCAGGAGCAGAGGCAAGCCAGGGAGCUGGAACAACACAAACACACGGUGGUCCUCACCGACCUCCGCGCCAAACUGCACGAGGAGAAGCUCCGCGAGCUGGCUGCCGGUCGGGAGUCGUUGGCACGGCAACACGAGUUGGAGCUGUCACGUACCAUUAAGAUCCGCGAUGGGGAGGUGCAGCGGCUCCAGGGGCUGGUCCAUGCGCUAAGGGACGGGGCGGCUGACAAACUGAAGAGCGCCCUGCUAGGAGAGGCCCGGGAGGAGGCCAGGAGGGCCUUCGAUGGGGAGAGACUCAAACUGCAGCAGGAGGUCAUGAAGCAGGAGACGGCACGGAAGCAGGUUGAGGAGGCUCUGGCUAACGCACUGCAGGCAGACAAGGCCAAAGCAGCCGACCUCCGAACAGCCUACCAGCAGCACCAGGAUGAGAUCAACCGCAUCAAGAGAGACUGCGAGAGAGACAUCCGAAGGGUGAUGGAUGAGCUGAAGGGGAAGGACCGUGUGGUGUCUGCGUUGGAGAGGGAGCUGGGGGUGCAGGCAGGCUAUGCCCAGAAGCUCCAGCUGCAAAAGGAGGCUCUGGAUGAGCAGCUGGGCCAAGUCAGGGAGGCAGAGAGGCACCACGGCAGCCCCAAGAGAGAGGUGGUCCCUACCCUGGGGGAUACCCAGGACUAUAUCAACAACCAGGAGGUUGAAGAUCUUCGGGAUGCGAGGAGGUUCCAGCUGAAGAUAGCUGAGCUCCACUCUGUUACCAGGAAGCUGGAGGACAGGAACGCACUGCUGGCAGACGAGAGGAACGAACUGUUGAAGAGGGUGCGCGAGGCAGAGAGUCAGAUGAAGCCCCUGUUAGAUAAGUAUAAGAGGACGUCGAAGAAGAACGAUGACCUCCUGCAGACUCUGCAGCGCAUGGAGGAGAAACUCAAGAACCUCAGCAGAGAGAACGCGGAGAUGAAGGAGAAGGCGCACUCUCGUUCCCAGCAGCCCCAGCAGCUGAAGAGGCCUACCUCCCUGACAGACCUAAGCCACUCCCACGAGGAACAGGAAGUGGAGUUCCUCAAGCUGCAGGUUGCCGAGCAACGAGGCAUCAUCGACGAACUCACGCAGGAACGUGACAGACUGAUGCUCUGCAAAAAUAACCGAAGAAAAACCCUCAAGCUACCACCUAAAAGGCAUGUUGUGGAGACGUAUUUUGGAUUUGACGAGGAGUCUGUGGACUCUGAAACGUCCUCUCUGACCUCUUACAUCACUGACCUCACAGACCGUACCCCCGCUACACCCGAGGAGGACCUGGAAGACGGUGUAUCUCGUGAAGAGGCAGAACUGAGGUUCAGACAGCUGACCAGAGAGUACCAGGCUCUCCAGCGGGCCUACGCCCUCCUGCAGGAACAGGCUGGGGGGUCGCACGACGCUGAGAGAGAAGCCAGGAACCGUGAGCAGUUGCAGGCGGAUCUAAUAGGCUGCCAGGCAAAGAUUGGCGACCUGGAGAAGGCAUUAGCCGAGAGGGGGCAGGACUCUAAGUGGGUGGAUGAGAAGCAGUACCUCAUCAGGGCCAAUCAGGAACUCCACGAAAAGAUGUGUGUAUUACAGCAGGCUGAGUCGAAGCUGCAGGCAGAGGUGCAGGACGCGAGGGACCAGAAUGAGCUGCUGGAAUUCAGGGUGCUAGAGCUGGAAGAGAGGGAACGCAGGUCUCCAGCCAUGGGCUUCCACAUGUCCACCUUCCCAGAGAACACCAACAGCGCUCUGCAGAUAUAUUGCCAUCAGGAGGGCAUCAAGGACGUGGUCAUUCCAGAUCUCAUGAAGAAGCUGGAUAUCUUGGGAGAUAAUGGGAACUUGCGUAACGAGGAGCAGGUUGUGGUCAUUCAGGCGGGGACGGUUCUCUCAAUGUGUGAGAAGUGGUUAAAGCAGAUAGACAGCACAGAGGCAGCCCUGACCCAGAAGAUGAUCGACCUGGAGAAUGAGAAGGACCUGUUCAGUAAGCAGAAGGGCUUCCUGGAGGAGGAGCUGGACUACAGGAAGCAGGCCCUGGAUCAGGCCUACAUGAGGAUCGCGGAGCUGGAGGCUACGCUGUAUAACGCUCUGCAGCAGGAGCCCGGGGGGCGUGCGGUGGCAGAGUCUCUGUCCGACAGGCAGAGGGAGGAGCUGGGGCUAGCCGUGGACAAACUGCGGAGGCAGAUACUCAGGCAGAGUCGCCAGUAUGACAGUCAGAUCUUACAGGAGCGCAUGGAGCUCCUACAGCAGGCCCAGCAGAGAAUAAGGCAGUUGGAAGACAUGAUUGAGAUGCAAAAGAGACAAGUAAAGGAAAUAGAAGAAAAGUUUUUGUUCCUCUUUUUGUUUUUCUCUCUAGCUUUUAUUCUUUGGCCUUAAUGACACUGACAUGGACCGACAACAGGUGCUAAGGCGCUCAGGUGGAGAGUGAGGAAGAGAAACACAACAUAUUUGUUUUUUUUCAUCCAUUUUUAGAUGGUUCACAAACCUUAUGGCCUUUUUUGAUACACGUGCACUUUUGUGGAAGACACUUACCUGGAAUGCAAAACAAAACCAUGACUUUGAAAAGUGAACAAACAUCAGAGACUUGUAAAGAGAUAUAUCAGAGUUUUUUUUUAAUAACGGAAAUGUCCCCUACCAUUUCUGGAAGUGGAACAUUUAGCCAAACUCUAAUGUGAGUUCUAAAAAGCAUAAACAUUGUAACUGGAACACUGAAGCAGGUCAAUAAAGAAACAGAGAAACUGAGAUGGAGACAGUGCCUCAGGUGGAUUUAGAGCCAGACAACGAAAGAGUGCAAUCGUAGAGGUGGGAGGAAAAGGAGGAGAAAGAGUUGAUUAUAAAAAAGCAGGGCGAUUUUCUAACAGACUAGUCAAGUCCUGGGCAUUCCCAGAAAGCUCAGUGCAGGAGGGUCUCCAUGGAAACGGUUGGCGAAACGGCUGUCAUGGCCAAGUUCAAUGAACAAGAAGUGAAAGCUCUGUACUCCGGAGUAGAGGGACACCAGAGGACUACGGGGACAGAAUGUGUCACCGGUCUGUGAAACACAACAAAGAAUCCUCAAUAGCUGUGUUGUGCAGUUCUGUGCAGCUGGCACCCCAGACCUCCAGGUUCCCGACCCAUAGAGUGAAGCUUCUAGAGCACAGCCUGAGAGACAACGUCAGCUCCUUUACUGAGUCUGAGAGCUUGCUGCACAGCAGAGAGUUGGAGGUGCCAGAGCAGAGCCUGCAACAGAAGGUGGAGGACCUCACAGCACACUCAGUCCUCCACUGUCCCAGCAUGCAGCGACGCCAGAGGCUGGACGAGCGGCUCCACGCGCUCAGGGAGGAGGUGCGCUUCAUGUACCAGGAGAAGGAGCAUAGGAAUCGUGUGUGUGGAGGGAGAGGCUACAGUGCUGCCAGGCCCAGCUCCGGGCUAAAGAGGAGGAGAUGGGUCGCCAGUCUCAGUACUUUGAGCACUUUAAGAGCCAGCUGCAGCUAAAGUUCGGCCUGGCCAGAGACGAGGAGCAGGGCCUGCAGACCAGAGUCCACCAGCUGGAGAGACAUGUUCUGGAGAUGUCUGUAUCUUCAUCCACCAACGUAGCCACUGUCAACGCAGCUAGCGUCAACUACCCUGUCAUGGUGCCAACGGAGGACAGAGUCCGAAAGACUGGCCCACCCAAGGGAGGAAAGAGAGGAGGAGGAUGGGGAUGGUGAGGAGGAAAAUACACAGUGGAGACGCUACGGACAGCAUCUCUAGCAGAAGCAGGGAGCGGAUGAAAUAGAAAUAGAGGAAGAAAGAGAGGAGGAGAGAGAGAGCGUGAGGGAGCGUGGGGUGAGGACAGACAGAGGGCCUCCAGGAGGACCUCAGGGGGCUGUUGGAGAAGGAGGAGCAGGGGCUGGAGGAGCAGAGGGGGCUGUUGGAACAGCUGCAGGAAGCACAGCAAAAUGACCAUUUCCUGUCAUGGAGGAAAUGAGGACGGUGGUCCACAGGCUCAAGCUGAAUGAGAGCUCCAUGACGGUGGAGGAACUGCAGGAGGAGAACCAGAGACUGUGUAAGAGGCUCAGCCACACCCUGAGACAGAUCAACCACAGCCCGGGCUCUACUGACCUCCGUCUCUACCCCCAGCCCUAGCUCUGGUGCCAGUCCAGGGACUCCAGCCUGGCUACCGGCCUGCCAAACACCCCUGCCCUGGCUCAACCAGUCCCCUGCCACGUAAACAAUACUGACCCGGUGAAGCUGACCCUGGGCCAGUCAUCAUUAAACACACCUCCCUGUGCUCACCACCGUGGAGCAGCAGAAGCCUCCGCUCUGCCUCUACCCCAGCCGAACUUCCUGAACCUCUCAGGCCACCGUAGCCAGAACCCCGGCAACAUACAGUUGAAGUUGGAAGUUUACAUACACCUUAGCCAAAUACAUUCAAACUCAGUUUUUCACAAUUCCUGACAUCUAAUCCUAGUAAAAAUGUCUUAGGUCAGUUAGGAUCACUACUUAAUUUAAAAAAUAUGAAAUGUCAGAAUAAUAGUAGAGAGAAUUAUUUAUUUCAGCUUCUGAGGCGGAGCAGGGCUGCUAGCUAGGAAGGAAAAGCAUGCCAGGAAAUGCCCAGGAAAACAGGGUGCCAAUUCAUAACCUAAUUCCCCAGGUUAGCAGAAAGCUUACCACAACUCCAACCCAGAAUAAUACUACCCUAGUCUUAGCCGAUAAUGACCUAACCCUGUAUGCCUUAGCCCAGGAUGACCUAGCUCUAGCCUUGAACCAGGAGAACCAGGCACAGGGCAGGCGUAUCAAGGAGCUCCUGCCCCACAUAGAGAGCCGGGAUAGUGAGAGGAAGCUAGAGAGGGAGAGCUCCAGGCAGGAGAACCAGGAGCAGGGAGGUCUUAUAACCGAGCUAACCAGGAAGACAGGAUGACCUCAACACUAUCAUGGAGCUGCAGCAGAGACUGACUGAGAGCGGUCAGCUAGGCCUACAACAGGGUGACCAUGGUUUGACCACUGAGUCAGAGUGUGGUCAAAAGGGUGAGCAUACGGUCGGGUCAGUGUUCGCUCAACAGGGUCAACCCCCGGUAGGGUUCGUGACCAGUCUACAAGGUGAUCACACGCCAGGGUCGGUGAAUAGUGGUGAACUACAGGUUGACCAUACGACCGAGUCAGUUAGGGAUCAAAAGGACGACCAUUUGACCACAGAGUUAGGGUCCAGGCUUAGAGAGGAGAGGGACGAGCUAAUUGGGUCUCUCAGUGAUCUCAAAGAGGAAAGGGAACAGGUUUCCCUCUCACUCAGGUGUCAGACAGGGAAACACCAGCUAACACGCUCCGUGUGGGUUCUGAAAGAAGAACGCGACCGGGUCAAUCAGGAACUCUGCGGUUUAAAAUAAGAGAAAGAACAGCUUACAAGGUCUGAAAGAUGACAGACAAGGUAGUAUGGGCAAUGUGUGGUUUAAAAGAGGAGAGUGACCAGCUAGUUCCGUCAAGGUCUGGACUCCAGGAGGAGAGAUACCAGCUAGUUCAGUCAAUGUCUGGUUUCUACAAGGAGAGACACCAGCUAGUUCAGUCAAUGUCUGGUUUCCAGGAGGAGAGACAAGCUCUCGCAGUCUCUCUUCAGUCAAGAAGAUGAGAGACCAACUAAACGAGUCACUCCACAAUCUAGAAGAAGAGAGACCAGUUGAUGCAAUCAAUGUGUGGUUUAAAGGGACAGAGAGACUAGCUAACACAGACACUCAGCCUUCUAGAGCAGGAGAGAGACAAAUUGUCAUCUCUCUGCCUUCAAACAGAAGACCGAGACCCGGUCAAGCAGUUUAAAGAAGAGCGAGAGCAGUUGGUUCAGUCAAUGGAUGUUCUGUGCGAACAGAGAGAGCAUCUCACAGCGGAGAGAGACCAGUUGCAGAUGGACGUCGCUCCUUUACGGAAUCAGCUGCUGUCACAGGGGCGGAGUCACAACCAGCAGUACUCUGAGAACCACGUUGGCAUGGCAACACACAUAGACGGUGUGUUUACAGAGAGAGGGGCCGCUGCGCCAA